AUGAAAGUAACAUGGAAGAAGGAGGGCAAGAAGCGGCCUUUAGCAGCCAUAUCAAAAUACCCAAACCUCCCUUUUGAUCAACAAGAAUCACACAACAACGACCACGAUGACAAUAACAGCGAUAGCAAGCAAGUGGGUGCUUCUCACAAGUCCUUGGAUUCAGAAAAAUCCGAUAGACAACUCGCCGACUCGUUUCAAGCCCAAGGAAACAAGCUAGCUGAGGAUGGAAAAUACCGUGAAGCACUUGGGAAGUGGGAGGCUGCUCUUAAUUUGAUGCCCGAAAAUGCAGUCUUACAUGAACAAAAGGCACAAGUUUUGCUUGAAAUUGGAGAUGCAUGGAAUGCAUUGAAGGCAGCAACUCGUAAGCCUCAUCGCAUCUUCCCGGAUAGUAGUGGAGCUUGUCUCACUUAUAAUGUCAACCAAUGGGCAGAUGUGGCUGAUUUUGUUAAAUUGCAGCCACAGAUAGUGGCACGGAUCACCCUUGGCAGAGCACAGUUGAACUUUGGGGAGCCUGACAGUGCAAUUGAGAGCUUCGAUAGAGCAUUAGCCAUAAAGCCUGAUUCCAAGGAGGCUCAAGAUGACAGGCACAGUGCAUUACAGCUUGUAAAAAAGCGAAAGCAGCUUCAUUCAUCAGGUUUGAGCAGUAAAGAGAACCGUUAUGUUGUGGGUGACAAGACUGAGAGCUCCUGA